GACAGCGACUAGUUAAGUUAACAUGGGGCAGUGUAUUGGCAAAAAAUCGUUUAAUAAUAGAAGCAGCAACGAUGACGCCGAAGACAGAGAAGAAGCGACGGAGGAAGCAGCACAACCAAUUCAAGUAGACAGCGAAUCAAAUGGUCUCAAGUCCAUCUUCAACAAAGACAUUGUAUUUUCUAAAGAGUCUGCUGUGAUCUCAAUGUGUCAAAAGAAAAUUCACGCUCUAAUCUUUGUUGAAUUAGCUGAAGAUGCAAAUGAUUCUGAAAAUAUCGACCAGCCAUUUCGACGCAUAAUCUGGAGAGGUGAUUUGAUGCCCACACUACACGGAAAUCGUAUCAUGCAAAAGGGGGACGUUCGCCUUGUGGAAAUCGGUGCAAACUGCCAAUCUGAUCAAGAAUUGGAAAAAGAUGAAGUUUUCAACGAAAAAUGUUCCAAAAUGGUUUUGCUUCAAUCACACCUUGUGUCUAGAAAUAGCGCUGAGCAAUUAAUAAUUAAUAUGAAAAAUGCACAUGAUAUCCAAGACACUAGCUAUUCUCUUACCGGACCUUCAACUGAAAGUAGCAUCACAGCCCCUCUUAAAGGUGGUUGCGAUAAUUGUGUCACCUGGGUGAAAAGAAUGUUUGGCUCUAUUAAUAUAUCAAUUAAAACCAGGGCAAUAAGUAAAUUCUAUGCUAACAGUUCUGCUUAUGCGGCAGGAUUCAAUAACAAAUAAUUUAUUUAGAAAAU